AUGGGUUCUUCUCACUCUGUCACCUCUAAGCCUGACGGCUACUACGGCCUCCAGGCCAUCAGCGCCCACGCAGUUCGCCUCUGUGGCCCGUCAUACUAUCCUGAAGACGUCCUUGAUCUUGCGCAGGGCCAGCAAGACCGAUUCCACGGCAUCUUCGACGAAGAAGACGAGGCUCGCUACGCCAUAGAGCGUGGUUGGGAGAUGGAGAAGUACAAGGCAACGCAAACACUUACCGGUCGAGAAUUGCGCCAUUCCCUCCGCGAUAUGGAUCGUGAGAUGGCCCACCAGCUCCGAGUCAGUUUGAACAAGUUCCGCCGCCGCAAGCAACGCGCACUUGACCAGUUCAAGUAUGAAUGGAAGCAGGAUGAUGAAGCCAGAAGUUAUCCUUACUGGGGCAAGGGUCUUUACUGCUAA